AUCCAAACCCCAACUUCACACUUGGCUUUCAAACCACAUUCACGAACGUACAAAAUCAAAGUCAAAACCAAGAAUAAUAACCCUCGACCUCACAACCACACCUUCCACCAUGUCUUCCUCAUCAAACAACGCCUCUGUCUCACCCGACAGCACCAGCCGCGCCUCAAUGAGCAGCACCCGCAACUCCCUCGAGAAGACCCUCUCCAACACACAGACAUCUUCCAGCAGCCCUCGUCGCUCAUCUGACGUCCGUUUCAACAACCUCGAGCAAUUCAAGCGCGGCGGCGACAACUACGAAUCACGCCGAGCCAGCCACGCCGAUAUGCACGCGCCCUCCGGCCUGUUUGGCGGAUGGUUCAAUUCGACUUUCAAGGGUUAUCAAGGAAAGACUGGCGGCAACUAAAUUCGUCAAACUUGAGCAAUUUUGGCGAGAGACGAUGCGACGCUCUCCUAACCUCUGCAUGAAGAGACUGAAUCUCGAUAUCGUUGCGAGGGAUGACAUUCUGGGAUGACCUUCUGUUACCGAGAAGUGGAUCCGAAGAAUUUGUCGAAGUCAAGCGGAAUAACAUGGCGCGACUUUUUUGUAUCAUUAUAAUGACUUUACGAAGCGAAAUCAAUUGAAUAAAUAAUC